AUGUCAUCGUUCGAUAAAGUGGACGAGCGUGCCAAGUUGAUUGUGCCAAAAUCGAUAAAUGAGGGAAAAGUGGUGAAAGUGUCGCAGAAAACGUUGGUGACCAAAAAAGUCGAGCGGAAAGUGGUGCCCGAGGAGCAGUACAUCGCCGGAUUGGAUAAAAUCAUCGAAAAAGACUAUUUUCCGCAGCUUAAAAAGAUGCAGGUAUUGAUUUCUCUUCUGAAAAGAGCCGAAAAAAGCAUUUCAGGCCCAAAAAGAGUAUCUGGAGGCGGUGGCGAAGAAGGACAUCAUCAAAAUCAAAGAGCUGCAGCUCAAGUUCUGCAGUUCGGCGUCGGUCAGGACCGAUCGGAGCUUCCGCACACCGAUCACGACGCGUUCCGAGCCGGAUGCGUCUGGAAUUCCAGAAACUUCCGCGAGAUUCGACUCGGACACUCCGGGACCGUCGACGGCCGGUCCGCACGAUUGGAUGAAGUCGCCGAUGCCGUUCGCUAACGAGGAAGGUGACAAUGAGGUAAUAUUUGUGAUUUUUCGGCGAAAAAAACUUCAUAAAAGCUGAAGAGCCCCCGCCCCCUUUUCCCGUGUACCUUCGCAAGAUUUACAGGCGCUGUCUCGAAAGCGAAAAAAGCGAAAGGAAGAGACGUUGACAACUUAUCUGAACAAAUACACGUCGGAGGACAACGCCUCGUUUGAGGAGCUGGCAAAAGUGAUGCGUCAGCGGGAAGACGCCCGUCGUCCGUGGGUCUACGCCGCCGAGGCGGAGCACAACGCAAAUCUCGUAGAGCGGAAGGCGCUCGCGGCCGACGCCGACGUCCAACUGGCGUUGAAGCACGCGGUGAACGCGGACGACGCGCGUCCGUUGAACCUGGACAACUGGAACUAUAAGGCAUGGAAUACGGUGCUUUUCAAUCCGGAUGGAGCACCGCUGACGGUUGCAGAGCAAGCGGAAGCCGCGCGGAAGCAGCAGACGGAGAUAAACCGGCGGGGGACGAGGUUUCCGGAGAGCGGGAAACUUCGGCCGAGCGACGAGGCGGUCACGCGGGCUGCAGUGAGCCAUGCUCUCGCGAAUGCGGGUAAGGUGGACUUUCUGGGGAACGAGGUGACGCCGGCGAACUCGUUCAAACUGCUCGAGACGCCGAACCCGAACCCCGACGACAUGGACUCGCCGCUGAUGACCUGGGGAGAAAUCGACGGGACGCCGUUCCGUCUGGACGCUCCCGACGUGACGGAGCACUCGUUUCCGGAUGCAGCGCCCGUCUUCAAGAUACCCGAAGUGCCGUUCCGCGAGAAGAUUGCACAGUCGAUGAACGAUUCGAUCGCCGCCAAGUACAGGGACAAACGGAAGGUGGCGAUGAAGGCGGCCGAGGGGGCGCAGUACGUUUUUUAUUGGAAUUUUGAGAAAUAGUGUGGGAAUUUUCGUUCUUGUGUUGUCUUUGGGCCAAUGCGCUUCCAUUCUGUUACCAAUCGAACAGGCGAUUUCAGGCGCCUGUGCCUGUUUUUUGAGGCCCCUGCGCCUGUUUUUUUCAGGCGCCUGUUCGACCAGCCUAGUCUUAACCAUAACCCUUCGAAACCCUCUCAUAAAUUUCCUAGAAUAAGCCCAAAAAUUUUCAGCCGAACGCCGGGAUUCGGAUCGCGACGCGUCUCGGCGAAGCUCUCGCAACUCUCGCCGGCCGCGCAGAAGCUCGCGACGAAGAAGCUCGGUCUGAAGAUGCUCGCGCACAAAUCCCCAUUUGCUUCUCCGAAGAUCAGCGGAUCCGCGUGGUCUCGCUCGUCGGGAACGCCUUCAAGCACCUGGAGCUGCGGCUCGACGCCCGGAUCCUCGUGGAGCAGAGGCGGACAAACGCCCGGGACGCCCGGAGCCGGAGGAAUCGAAAAAAUGAUACGGAGGAAGAAGAAGACAGAAGGGGAAAAGGGAGCGAACGACGGAGCAGCCGGGCCUUCUGGAAGCCGUGCCAGAGCUGGAGACUUUUUUUGA